UGAGCGGGUCUCCUGAAUGGCUUCUUGCUCAUAAAGAUGAUGCCUUGAAUAUUUUAGAAGUUGAACAGCUCUGCCGCUCUCUGUAUUUUCCCCCCACUGGUGGACUGUCAGUUUGGAAGACCACAAUGGGACUUUGGUCAUUUUGGGGGUUUUCUCUUUUGGCUUUGGUGUUGCUCUGCCCCUUUCACCCCAAGUUUGUGGCUCGCGCGGAAAUAAGUUUUUCCACAAAACUCGACAGAUUUUAUCGACUGGAUGUAACGCCACUGGACGCACGUGUGGCCAGAAAAUCGGCGGAAAUCAAAGUCUCACUGAAAAUCGACAAUAACACGAAAGUUUUUAGCGCGUAUGAAACAAAUACAGCCGGGGCUUUGAAACGAAACCAUGGCCAGCAAGUGUGGAACGAAACACAGAGUGGAAAUGAGGCACCGAUCGACAUCAAAACAAACUAUAGCAGCGGUCUCAACAUUCCCGAUAAAAAGUAUGAUAACAUUUUCGAGGACAAAGAAGGACGAUUCAAAGCGAAUAUAAUGUUAGAAAAUACAUUUUCUGCCGGAAGAAAGAAGGCAAAGAGGAGUGUGGGCGCAACAUACAACGAAAACGUGGAUAGGAGUAUAAGUGGAGAAGCGUAUUCAAGAGAGAGAUUCGUGCAAACUGUCCAAGGUGUUUCCAGCGCAAGACCCGAGUAUCGGCGCAGCGGAGAGGAAGCAAGAGUGUCAAACCCGAGACAGAACGAACCUCACCUGGACACUUCUACUUUUGCUCUGUCGGGAGACUCGGCACACAACCAGGCUAUGGUGCACUGGUCCGGGCACAACAGCAGCGUGAUCCUGAUCUUGACUAAGCUCUAUGACUUCAAUCUGGGGGGUGUUACCGAGAGCUCACUCUGGAGAUCCACUGAUUAUGGGAGCACCUACACCAAACUCAACGACAAAGUGGGUUCAAGGACAGUUUUAAGUUACCUCUACGUCUGCCCUACCAACAAACAGAAGAUAAUGGUGCUUAGUGACCCAGAAGUAGAGAGCGCUGUUCUCAUCAGUUCAGAUGAAGGGGCGAGCUUUGAAAAGCAUCCCAUUAACUUCAACAUCCUGAGCCUGCUCUUCCAUCCCGCGCAGGAGAACUGGAUACUCGCCUAUAGUCAUGACAGCAAGCUGUACAGUUCGAUGGACUUUGGGAGGAAAUGGCAGCUUGUUCAUGACAACGUGAUGCCAGGCAGAUUCUACUGGGCGGUAAUGGGGCUGGACAGAGAAUCAGAUGUGGUCCACAUUGAGACGCGCAUCGGAAAAGGCCGUGCUCAGUAUGUGAAGUGCAGAGCCCAGCGAUGCACAGAAGGCAACAGACAGUACCUCUUCCCUGGACACGUAGACACCAACUCACUCGUCGUACAGGAUGAAUACGUUUUCACACAGGUAACCAAGUCAGGACGAGCCAGCUACUUUGUCUCCUACAUGAGAGAAUCAUUCAAGCGGAUGAAAUUACCUAAAUAUUGUCUGCCAAAGGACAUGCAUAUUAUCAGCACAGAUGAGAAGCAGGUAUUUGCUGCUGUCCAAGAGUGGAAUCAGAACAACACUUACAGCCUGUAUAUCUCAGACUCUCCCGGGGUCUACUUUAUCCUUUCAUUAGAGAACCUGAGAACCAGCAGAGGACCUGCGGGUAAUCUACUAGUGGACUUUUAUAAGGUUGAGGGGAUAAAUGGCAUGUAUCUUGCCAACAAACUGGUGGAUAAUUACAUAAAGACUUUCAUCACAUACAACAAGGGGCAAACAUGGUCCCUGCUGCCAGCUCCUGCCACUGAUGUGGCUGGAAAUAACCUUCACUGCAUUCUGCCAUUUUGCUCACUGCAUCUUCAACUGGAGAUGUCAGAGAAUCCUUACACAUCCGGACCAAUCACCAGCAAAAAGUCUGUUCCAGGAAUCAUUGUGGCUACAGGGAAUAUUGGAACACAGCUGUCCUCCGCCAACCUUGGGAUGUUUAUAACAUCUGACGCAGGAAAUAGCUGGAGACAGAUUUUUGAUGAAGAGUACAACGUUUGGUUUCUUGACAAUGGAGGAGCUUUGUUGGCGGUAUUGCAAGCAGCGGCGCCAAUUCGACACAUAUGGAUCAGUCUAGAUGAAGGAAAGAAAUGGGACCGCCACAGCUUCUCCUUGGCUCCUCUGUAUGUGGAUGGAGUUUUAAUGGAGCCAGAGUCUGACAAUCAUAUUAUCACUUUCUUUGGGCACUUCAGCCAUCGGUCAGAGUGGCAACUGAUUAAGAUUGACUACAAAGGCCUCUUUAGCAGGAGAUGCAUGGAUGGAGAUUAUCAGACAUGGUACCUGCACAACAAGGGAGAGCUCUGUGUGAUGGGUGAGAAGCAGAUCUAUAUGAAGCGCAGGCCUGGCAACCGUUGCAUGCUGGCCCAAGACUAUUCCAGGAUCUAUUCCUCAGAGCCAUGCCCGUGCACAGCUUAUGAUUUUGAAUGUGAUUAUGGAUGGGAGCGCCAGGCAGAUGGGAAUUGCUCCCCUGCUUUUUGGUUUAAUCCAAACGGUGCGGCUAAAAGCUGCAGCACCAGCCAAAGCUUCCUAAACAGCACAGGGUAUCGGAAGGUUUUGUCCAAUAAUUGUAAGGAGGCAGGGAGGAAUGUGUACUCGCCCAGGAGGCAGCCGUGUCGUCCCAGAGCACCCCGAGGCCUCCAGCUGUCUACCAGUCAGGGAGAGCUCAGUUCCCCUGUUGGAAGCAACGUUACUUUUAUGGUCUCCCUCAAUGAGGGAGACUCGCUGAGGACCAGCAUCCAGCUAGACUUUGGAGAUGGCAUCAAGAUCACGUACUCUAACCUGAGCAGGGCGGAUGAUGGCAUCAAGCACAUCUACAGAACGACUGGGAUUUACCGCGUGACAGCUACUGCAGAAAACAGCCAAGGAUCUGACAGCAGCACACUGUUUUUACACAUCACCAGUCCACUAGAGCGGGUGUAUCUCUCCGCUCCCAUUGUAGCCGUCAGGGGGAAGGAGGCUAAUCUGACUGCAGUGGUUUGGCCGAGCCACACCAGAACAUUGACCUUCUUCUGGUGGUUUGACAACAGCUCUGAGCCCAUUAUAACCUUGGAGGGAAGCAUCUCACACACAUUUCAGAGCGAAGGAAAAAGCAAGGUCAUGGUCCAGGUUGCUUCUGGGAGCACUGUAAUGCAGGAUUCAAAAGUUAUAACUGUUAAAGAGUUCUUCAGGUCACUGCUGUUGUCGUUUUCGCCAGCGCUUGAUGAGCACAAUCCUGACAUCCCCGAAUGGAGGGAGGACAUAGGCCGUGUGGUGCGGACAGCUCUAUCACAGGUGUCUGGGAUUCAUGAAGAUCAGCUGCUGGUAUCUCUGUAUCCAGGGCUUCCAACUACAGCAGAGCUCUUUAUUCUGCCUGAUGAGCAGACAUCUACUGAGCACAAGAGUGGGAGCGAAGCGGCUCUUGAGAUGAUAUCAAAUAUUUUUGUCACUGCACUGAACCAAGGCCUGAUCCAGUUUGAACUGAAAGCUGACAUUCGCAUUAUUGUGUACAUGACUCAGCAAACUCUGGCACCACUUGUGGACUCAAACUCACUUCCCAGUGGGUCGGCCAUGCUGAUGCUGCUCAUCGUGGUGUUUGUUGGUUUAGCUGCAUUCUUCAUCUACAAGUUCAAAAGGAAAAUCCCUUGGGUUCACGUCCAGACUGAGGACAGCCAUGAGAAGGAGCCAGAAGUGAUAAGCACAGUCGGUCAGAAUGACACCAUGUCCAAGGUCAAGCUCAGUGAGUUUCCCUCCCAGAAAGAACUCAUGGAAAAAGAGCUGGAGGCGAGGAACAUAGGUGGAAUUGGCAGAAAUAUGGAGAGAAUUGUUACAAGGGAAUUUCCAAACUGUACUAAUGUCUAAGACAUGAGCUCUGUUACAGAAUAACUGGUCACUGGAGAAUCACUUGUUGUGUGGACACAGCUUUAAUGGAUAGUCAACCCAUCCAACAAAGACUUGCAUGAUGGGGCAGAUUACAUUCUGCUCUUCCUUCAUAAUAGCUCAGUCGCACUAGUAUAAAACUAGCACUGCAACUCCAUUAUGACUAUGAAAAAUGGGUAGUGGCCUUGUGAUUGCAUCAGAUUUUUUUUUGCAUUUGGCGUCCAAUUGCAAAUAAGAAGCAGAAGUUGAGCAUGCAACACCUUCAACCUUUGUCUCUAAACUAUCAUGGCCUGACUCAGACUGAGUGCAGUCACCUUCAGACUCGUUAGCAAAGGUUUGCAUAAAACUGCAGUGUAAUUUAUAAACACAGAUUGUAACACAAUGCAAUCAAUCUGAGUCAGUCUGCACCAAUGAGCACAACUCAUCUGCGGCGCAUCUCUUUGGAAUAGGAGACAUGACUCAACUGGUUGCCAACAAGUUGUAUUCUGGUUAUAUCUCUAUAUGAAAGCAAGGUUGCUGACCAUCUCUGUCAUUUUGCGGCAAUGAUGUCAUUAUUUGUGGAGGAAAUUCUGUUUCAGAUCUAUGAGGUUCUGGCUGAACUCUGUAAAUAGUUUGUGUGAAUUUCCGUUUAAUGUGAAUUUCUGUGUAUGUAGAGCCAGCUACAUUCAAACUGAAAGCAGACUGAUAGCAGACUGACUCCGUCUUUUUGCCGUUUUAUUGCUGUCUUCAUCCACCAAAGGCAACUGACUGCGAGUGGUUGGAAACCUGGUCCCUGUCUUUGAAACAAUCAUUUCAGGUGACAAGAUCCUCAUUGUACACAGUCUCAGUAAUUUUGGCUCACGUCACUGUUUUCCUGAGUGUGACUAUAAUAUAAGACAAAAAUAUAAUAGAUUGUUUGAUUUUUUUUUAAAUCAUAUAAUUUAUUCUAUUAACCUCUUAAACUUUAUGCUCAAGCUAAACGUUACCAUCCUAAAACUAGAGGUCUUUGAGUUGUAGAUAUAAUGCUUAUGCAUACAUAUGUGACUGUUGGUAAAGAGUAUAAGACAGGGAUGUAUGUUUCUGCUCUGUUAGAUAACAUGGUGCUUUCAAUGACUGUUUCUCAGAAUAUGUUAUACAACAUCAUGAAAGUCUGGCCUUACAAGUGGAAAUAUCGACAACAUGUACAUAGAAUAAGAUGGAAUUUAAAUCUGUACACUAGCAUCUUCAUACAUUGUCGUUAAGGCAGCCCACUGAGCAGGCAGUUGUGUCUUUCCUUGAUUUUAAGUUCCACAGCAAGAUGUAUGUCCACUUUUUUUAAUUUCAUUGGGGGUUUUUUUUUGUUCGUUUGGGUUUUUUUUUUACAGUAGCAUGCCCUAAUUAUCUGUGAUAAAAGACUAUAAAAGACUUUUAUUGGGGUGAGCCAGUACUGUAUAUAUAAAUAUAUAUAUAUAUAUAUAUAUCAUUGUGAUUUUAAACUUUACUUGACACAUUAAACAAACUA